UCCGGACUUGUCAGCCGAUAAAUGCAUACUCCACAUUUACAUUUGUUUCAUUUUUGCUCUAACCACCAGAGAUGAAUUUAAAGUUCUCUCUAGCUGCCAUUACAUUCCUGGCAUUUUUCUUCAUCGCCACUGCACAGAAACCUUUGUUAUGUUACUACUCUAGCUGGGCUCAUUACCGCCCCGGACGGGGCCAGUACAGGAUAGAGAAUAUCGAUCCUUGGCUGUGCACCCAUUUAAUCUACGCUGCCUUUGGGUUGGACGAAGAUGCAAGCAUUGUUCUCAACGAUCCUUGGUUGGACAUUAAUUUGGGAAACAUUCGACAGUUUAACGAACUUAAAAACGUGAACGCGAACCUGAAAACUUUGGCUACUAUUGCUGGAUACACCGAAGGAUCUGCAACGUUUUCACGCGUAGCUGCGAGCUCAGAUUUAAGAUUGAAAUUCGCAGAAUCGGCAAGGGAUUUUUGUUUAGAACAUGGAUUCGAUGGCGUUGAUAUUAACUGGGAGUUUCCGGGAAGGCACGGAGGAGAUCCGGAUAACGAUAAGGCUAACUUUGUGUUGAUGCUCGCGGAUCUGAGGGAAGUGCUCUCUGCGAGUGGUCUAAUGCUCAUAGCUGCUGUUGGUGCUGCUCAACAUCAUGUAGAGCGGUCCUACGACGUACCGGCAAUAUCGCAAUACUUGGACUACAUAAACUUGAUGACUUAUGACUUUAACGGUGCGUGGGACGCCUUUACCGGUCACAACGCUCCACUCUUCUCUGGUCCUUCGGAAACGACAAAUUUCCAGAGAACUUUGAACGCGAACCAUAGUGUGAUGUAUUGGUUAUCGGAAGGAGCACCGAGUAACAAAUUGAUACUGGGAAUUCCUCUCUACGGUAGGACGUUCACUUUGCAAAAUCCAAAUAAUUAUUUGCUCCGUGAUACUGCAACUGGUCCGGGUAAUGCUGGGUCAUAUACGGGAGUGGCUGGGAUUUUAAGUUAUUUUGAGAUUUGCCCAUUUUUCGCGAGAAAAUGGGUUCGUCAUUGGGAAGAUAUUCAGAAAGCAGCGUUUGGCGUGAAUGGAGAUCAAUGGGUUGGCUACGAUGAUGUUAAAAGUACUUCGAUCAAGUGCUCUUAUGUUAAUGCACACGGCUUGGCCGGGAUAAUGGUUUGGUCAAUCGACAGAGAUGAUUUUCACGGGUAUUGCGGCUCGACUAACCCGAUACUAAGCACUAUUGUGGAAUGUUUUCGGUCUACGUGAACGUGAAGAGUAAAAACUUUGAACUUUUGAAUUGAUGAAAUUGGGCAAAUUGGUGAUAAUUUUUUUUAAUGUUUGUUUGAACAACUGUAAUAAAUUUAUACCAAGAUUUUUAUGAUA